GGCUUCUUUUAAUACCCAGGUGCUCUUGAUCAUGGAUUCUUCCCUAUUCUGCUGUGGCGCUAUCCAACCAUAUCGACCACAGGCCCUCGACCAUGAGUCGAAAUUCUCAGGCUUCCUCGCCUGGGCCAAUGAACAGAAAGAUGACAUUCGCAGAGAAGAAGCCUGCCCGGAAACUUCACAUUCCAUCCAACUGGUCCGCCAGAUCAACUACGGUCCGCUAGAAUCCCUUCGUUACUUUGCUCGCUCGGUUCCAAUAGGGAAUAUGCGGAGAUACAAGAAGAGCAGCUUCUACAAGCGAACUUUGAGAAGGUCAAUUCAUACAAAAAUUUCAGAUGUGGCAUUCACGACAAGUUUUACGAGCUGAACCUCUACCAAAAAUCUCCUAUCAACUCUCACCAUUGGCGAGCCACCCUCGCCAGACCCUCGAGGGACAUCGACCUCCAUCUGAGAUUUCCAAAAGAGCAGCCGGUCGUCAGUCCUUCUACGGGGGGCUUUCCACGUCCAACUUUGCCACCACCCGCAACAUUCAGGUUGGGCCAAGUUGUUGCAGAGUCUUCGUCAAGUGCAAGGGGGUCUUCGGGUGGAGGCGAUGGACAACCUGGGUUAGGUGUAUCUUCACCUACAAAGACCGACGAUUCACCAAUGAAUCAGAUCCUUGCUGCCCUUCAUUCGCGUCAGCGAAAGCCUGGCGGCAAAGGCAAAGUCAUUGGAGUCCUCGCUUUCGACACGCUUCAGACAACAAUUCUACCCGUAGACAUAGAUGUCCGUGUAGACUUGGACGAGUUGUGGAGAGAAUGUCUUGUAGGGCCUGAAAUAUUAGGAUUUCUCCUUGACUGC